AUGGCUGAGAGAAUGGGAAGAAUUGCCGAAAGAUAUAGCAAUUGGGCAUUAGGUAAAAAAACAAAAGUACAACAAGCAGGAGGCAGGUUGAUUAAUAAUGGUAAGCACUUUAUUCUUAUUCUUCUUCCUCUUCCAAAACGAAAAAAACAAUAUUAGCUUUAUUUUUGCACGGAGACAUGUGAUAUAAAUUUAGGGAUAGUGCUAGAAAAGUUAAAAGGAACUUUGGGAAUCAGAAUUUUUGGUUUGUGAAAAUCGUGAUUUCUGAAUAUAUCCAAUUUUAUGGAACAAUUCCCAUUAGUUUAGACACACGAAUCAGAAAAAUAUUUCAGCUCCAAUCAAACAAUUUAUUCAUCACGUGCGCAUUGAACCUCCUCCCCUACAAAAAUCAAUUCAUAAACUAGAGCCUCAACCAUUCCAUGCUCCUCCACGCCCUUCUCUUCUUCCACCUUCACAAAUCCAGAUGCAUCGACCUCCUCUUCAGCAGCCAGCUUAUCACUUUCCUCCCCAACCAGCCCAGACAAACCAACCCCGUCCAACUCUUUACCAACCAACACAACAGAUCUACCACUUUCCAAAGAAACUUCCCGAGUUCCCAAGACUUGUCCAACUUCCCGAAACUUCUCUUCUCUUCCCUGCAAACGCAUCAGUUUUUCCUGAUCACAUGCUUUUGCCAAAUCCAAAUCUUAGUCCUCCAAGUCUGCCAAGCAAAGAAGAAGUCAUGAGAAUCGCAUCGAAAAAACAGAAAUUCGGAAUGAUGAGACCUCAUAUUUUCAAUGAAUGUGUUAGCGGAUGGUGUGGAGAUGGAUGUUGUCCAAUGAGACAAGAAAUGCAAACAACAAUCCAGGCACAAGCUUUACCUGGUUCACCAACUCCACCACAUCCAUUAGUGUUGAUUUUGCACCCUCCACCACAAAUCCAGCAACCUCAAUGCUCUCCAGCUUGUCAACCCCAAUGUAAUCCUCAAUGCGUAACUCGUCUUCAAUACAUCGAACAUUCCCAGUUUUACAACACUAUCCAAGCACCAAUGUGUCGCCAAGAUUGGUGAGAUUUAUAUUUUUACGAAGCAUAAAAUGAAAAUAUUUUCAGCAUGCCAUCUUGCCACGUGGAUUGUCUUAUAAUUCCACCCGAACGUGUCAGAUGUCAAAGUUUCCAUUGUCAAUGUGGAUCUGGUUAUAUUCCUUGUGCUGCUUUUACAUGUUGUAUGAGAUAUCCAGUAAGUUUUAGAAAAUUUUUGAAUAAAAACUAAUAGAAAUGUUCAUAGAGCAUGGUAGCUAGAAUGAAAAAUAAUGCGCUGCAAAAAUCGGAAGAAGUUAUUUUUCCGAAACCUGUUGAAAAGGAAGAAGAAGAAGACGGUUCCGAGGAAGAAGAUGAAGAUAUUUUUUUGAGACCACAGAGAGUUCCUAAGUUUACAAAGUUCAAAAGGGAUCCAGUGAAAACAACGAUACAGCCUCCAAGCUCUACAUCUACGACAUCUACAACUUCAACAACAACAUCUACAACAUCUACAACCACAACAACGCCAGAACCAACUACCACAAAAACACCAAUAAUUAAUCUUGCUCCAAUUUAUCCAGAUAAUCGAAAAGUUCCAUUUAUCCCCGCUUUUGAAGUUGGCGAUCUUCGAGGUCGACACAUAAUUCGUUCCGAAAACUUUCUUGAUGUUUUGAGCGAGUUGGCACAAGUGAAAUUGAAAGAGGAUAUCGGCGAACCACUUUCAUUCAUUGAUCUUGUAACGGAUGACGAUAUUUGA